AGGAAUUUCAACAGGAAGUGUUUGUAAACAAAACAGUGGAGAUGAAGACCAAGGAGUUCUCCCGCUGUGGUGUCGCGGAAAUAAGUGCUUAAGAUUGUUUUUAUAACGAUGUAAACUUUUUGAGAGAUCGAGUGACACACUUGUUAUUGUCUCGAGGAUCUUAGCGUGUCGUCAAAAGACUUCCUACAUACUUUGCCGGUUAGCUUCAGGCUAAAGUUAGCAUAACAGUCUCGCUGUGAUAGUUGUGUAGGUUUGUCGUUAUUGAGCAGCUAGCAGUAAUGCCGCAAGAAGGAGAGCAGUCUCUCCCCCUGGUGAGGUCCCUGAACAGUCUUAUACCCAUUAAGGUUAUGUUUUGUAACCGCACCCAUGGAGUCGUACGACCGCUGUGGAUAGACUUCCGCGGGGAACCUAAGGCAUACCCGGACUUACGGCCAGGAACAGGGCGGGAAAUGAACACCUUCAUCGGUCAUCCAUGGAUGUUCAGGGAUGCAGAGACAGAUGAGCUGCUGAAGGUAAACAGCAAAGAACUGUAUCUCCCUAAACCAGCAGAGGGUGCGUUUGCCAAUAUCACAUUACCAGUUUACAGUCUGAAGGAUCGUGCUCUUCAGGUCAUUAGGAGCCUGGUACGAAAGGAAGACUACAGGAGUUUGGAAAUAGCAAGAAGUCUCCAAGAGGAGCUGGAGGAUCAGCCCAGUGUCUCGAAAGAUCUGCGUCGUGUGAAUCAGCGCGUGGAGCAACAUUUACAAGAAAGGAUCCAAGGCCAGGAAGAAUGAGGCAUGAAACUGGAUGGUUUAGCAGUCACUUAUUCAGAGCAAUAUCUAAUUUCAUACCAUUAGAAAGCAAAAGUGCAAAAAUUGAGAGCGAAAAAAAAGUUAAAGUCAGUAUCAGGGGGAGUAAGACGCUGUAAAUAUGUCUUGGGGAAAUAUUACAUGUGCUGCAAAAUUUGAUCUGCUACCUUAUAAAACAUUACCCUUAGCAGAAAAAAUACCCAUAUGUAGCUGGGACCUUUGUAAGAGUAUUUUUUAUAUUUUAUUAUAAUAACAGCAAUUUAAAUGAAUUUUAUUUUUAAACUGUAUAAUGUUUUUCAAGAAUUGUGCUGUUUGUUCAUGACAGCCCACUACAGGAAGAGACCCUUUGAUGUCUCACAUAUGAUAAUUUCUGACAUGGGCUUUUCUUCUUAUUUUAGAAGAAUGGAUGCUGUAUUUUAAUGUCUUUUGCUCUAAAUGUAAAAAACUGAAAUAUCCUAUAAUAAGAAAUAUUUGCAGUCACAUUGGUCAUAAAUUUAAAAACGAAAAUAAAUAAUGUUACAAUUCCAUUGAAUUGUUAAGAAAUCAUCAGCAGAUAAAAGAUCACUCAAUAUGUGGAAAUUUGGAGCUGAUUUCCGAAAAGAAAAAAACAAUAAACCUCUCCGUACUGUUUCAACAGGAAUCGCUUUUUCGAACUUUGACGAUAAGAUUUUUUCUACCCAGCAAUUAUUUGCCUUGUUGAUAUUUUUCAUACAUUGUUUUUUCGUUCCAAUGAAUACUUGUUUUAAAAAUAAAAAGAUAUAUUUCUUAUUG